AUGGGAUUCAUAUCUGCUGAGAGCGUGAAUGGCAUUACCGAGAGCAAUGUCUCUCUGGUCAAUCCUACCAAGGCGGAUCGCGACGGAUUUCGGUCUUUCGAAGUCGCAGGUUUCGCUUCUGAGACGCCCACAUCGACGGGCAUGAGAGAGGUGAUUGUGCUGGCAUCCUGGCUCCUCGUUCUUUUGCGCAUCCAGGAAGACGGGCGCGUUUCCUUCGACUGGACUUAUAAAGGUCAAGAAGAUGGAGUUAAGCUGGAGCCAGUGAACAGUCUGUUCUCAGAUCAAGUAAUGCCAAAUCUACAAAGUAAUAUCAGAGACGUUGCGACCGCAAUUUCCCGCCAGAUUGAAAAGGUCACAUCGAGACCGCGUUCUCCUUCCUCGCUCAUCUUGAGCACCAGCUCUCUGUCGCAGACAUCUGAGCCCAAGGACGAAGGCGUUCUGCAUCUCGAAAUUUGCUUCAAUCAAGACCGUCUCAAAAUUCGACCAGUAUGGCAGAGCAACAAUAUUUUGCCUUAUACAGUAAGGCGCCACAUCGAAACACUGGUCGAUACUGUCAAGGCCUAUAUUUCGAACUCCGAUGCCCCCGUCGAAGACAGUAUUCGCCCGAGCGAACAUGAUUUGGACCAUCUCUGGGGCCUGAAUUACGAAUUACCUCCAUACCAUGACUUUUGUAUGCACGAAGUGUUUUCAGGAGUGGCACAAAAAUUUCCCGAGAAAGAGGCCAUUUCAUCGUGGGAUGGCAGCUUGACCUACGGCCAAAUCAACCGCUACUCUUCAUUCUUAGCAAAAUCACUUCAAGAUUCGGGUGUCGCACUGCGUGACUUUAUCCCGGUGUGCUUCGAGAAAUCACGAUGGACGAUUGUUGCCGUGCUUGCGGUGAUGAAAGCAGGAGGAACCCUCGUCAUGAUGGACCCGACGCUCCCGCUGGCGCGUCUCCAGAAUAUGGCAAAGCAAGUCGGCUCGAAGACAAUGCUAUCAUCUCGCAUGCAAUAUGAUCUUUCGAUGGAGAUUUUGCCAAAAGGAAAGCAUUUCGUUGUAGAGGAAGACGCAUACGCGCACCUCUCAACCUCGGAAGCUCUGCCUGAACUCCCAACUGUCCCGUCAACUACGUUGAUGUACCUUAUCUUCACAUCUGGCAGCACGGGUAAUCCCAAGGGAGUCAAGAUCUCCCACGGAACUUAUACGAGCAGUGCCUUCCCUCGAGCAAAGGCAGUUGGAUAUAAUGAGAACUCCCGCGUCCUCGAUUUUGCGUCCUACGCUUUCGACGUUAGCAUUGACAGCAUGCUUUUGACUUUGGCUAACGGUGGCUGUCUGUGUAUUCCUUCCGACGAAGACCGACUCAACGACAUCAAUGAAGUGAUUCGCAAAAUGAAGAUCAACUAUGCUGGCAUCACCCCUUCGGUAGCCCGUAUCCUGGAGCCGGAUGUUAUUUCAUCCCUCGAAGGCCUUGGUCUUGGAGGUGAAGCGGCCUCGGCAAGAGACGUUACGAUCUGGGGCCAGGACACUAGAAUUAUCAUUGGCUAUGGUCCUUGCGAGUGCACUAUCGGAUGCAAUGUCAACAGUAGCGCUGCUACUGGAAGAAACUAUGUCUCUAUUGGUGAAGGCAACGGUGCCUCCAUCUGGAUUGUCGAUCCCAAUGACCACGAACGACUUAUGCCAGUUGGUGCUGUUGGCGAAUUGCUUGUUGAGGGCCCCAUUGUCGGACAGGGGUACCUGAACGACCCUGAGAAGACCGCUGCGGCCUUCAUCGAAGACCCAUCAUGGCUUGUUGCAGGCCACAAGGGCUACCCUGGUCGCCGGGGCCGUCUCUACAAAACCGGUGACCUUGGAAAAUAUGAUCCUGAUGGUUCAGCAGGCAUUGUGUUUGCUGGCAGAAAAGAUACCCAAGUCAAGCUUCGUGGACAACGCGUUGAGCUGGGCGAAAUCGAGAGCCAGCUUCAGGGCCGACUGCCAUCUGGUAUCACCGUGAUCGCAGAGGUAAUUUCGCCUCAGGGGUGUGGAGGGCAGGCUACAUUGGUGGCGUUUGUUGCAUCUCAGUCUAUGAAGGAAGAUGUAAAUACGGAACUUGUUUCUGUCCCAAUGGAUGAGCUCCGUGACACACUAUCCGAGGCCGACGCAGAAAUUGCCAAAGUUUUGCCGCGAUACAUGGUUCCCGCCGCGUAUAUUCCAGUGAAUUAUAUGCCGACUCUCAUUUCAGGCAAGACCGAUCGCAAGCGCCUUCGGCAACUCGGAACUACCGUUGAUCUGCGACAGUUGGAUCAAGGGACGACAAACGAUACUUCCCGGCCACUGAACGAACUUGAGCUGCGACUGCGACAGGCCUGGAGUGAGAUAUUGAAAAUUGACCCCGAGUCAAUUCGCCCCGAAGGCAACUUCUUCGCCCUCGGCGGUGACUCCUUGGGAGCAAUGAAACUGGUGUCUGUCUGCAGAGCUCAAGGGCUUGAUCUCUCCGUCACCGGCACCUUUGGAAAUCCCACACUCUCGGCGAUGGCUGAAGUUGUUCGCACUAUUGAUUCAGAGGCACCGACCGAGACAGCAGCAUUCUCCAUGAUUUCUCAGUCCGUUAAGAGCGCCUGUCUCGAAGCUUCGCAAAUUUGUGGAGCGGACCCGUCAGCCGUCGAAGAUAUAUAUCCUUGCACGCCUACGCAGGAGUCUCUGUUUACCUUUUCGCUCAAGUCCGUUCAAGGCUACGUUGCCCAGCGGAUUUCCCUUAUUCCAUCGCAUAUCAACAUCGACGCCUGGAAAAAGGCAUGGGCGGAUGUCGUUGCGGCAAGCCCUAUAUUGCGCACUCGCGUGGCUCAGCUUCAAGAACCAGGUCUCCAGCAAGUGGUCUUGAAGGAGUCUAUCUCUUGGAGACAUUCCUCUGAUUUGGCCCAGUACUUAGAAAACGACCGCAAUGAAAAGAUGCAUCUUGGCGAGAGCCUCGCUCGUUACGCAAUUGUCAAUGAUUUAACUGACGGCAAGCAAUACAUGGUCUGGACCAUUCACCACGUUGUUUAUGACGGAUGGUCGGAGCCAUUGAUCCUUGAAAAGGUCCAAAACUCAUUGAAUGGUCAGACCAUCGAGACGCAGACACAGAUGAGAGACUUUGUCAAGUUUUUCCGUGACACGGACGAAGUCGCCAUGCAAGAGUUCUGGCGUCGAGAGUUGAAGGGUGCCGUUGGACCUCAGUUCCCUCGCCUGCCGUACCGAGACUACUUGCCAACCCCAAGUGGAUUUGCUGAGCAUCAUAUUCCAUUCGAGAUGGCUGCUGUAUCUCCCUUUACUCUGGCCACAUUGAUCAGAGGUGCAUGGGCCCUUGUGGCAUCUCAAUACAUCGGAAGCGACGAUGUUGUCUUUGGCGAAACACUUACAGGUCGUGACGUCCAGCUGCCUGGUGUUGAGAAUGUCCUCGGCCCGCUGAAUGCAACCAUCCCUAUUCGUAUCCAUGUCAAUCGAAAGAGCUCCGUUAAGUCCUACCUCCAGAGCGUGCAACAGACCAUCUUGGCUCGCACGCCUUACCAACACAUGGGAAUGCAGUUCAUUCGAAAGGUCAGCCGAGAUGCUCAGCACGCAUGUGAGGCAGGUACGGGCUUGGUUAUCCAACCUGAACCAGAGUAUGAGGUCAGCGAGCUUGGUUUCCAGCAGGGAGAUCCUGCGCGCGAGGCUCUCCAUUUCAAUCCAUACCCUCUCAUGCUGGCAUGCGGGAUCCGGAAGGGAGGUUUCAGAGUCUGUGCAAGCUUUGACACUGGCUUGAUCAAAGAGCCUCAGAUGAAGCGCAUCCUUGUUCAGUUGGAGAUGGCUCUCCUGCAGUUAAACAAGGACAUGGCUAGAGGAAUUGACCAGAUAUCCUGUCUACCGGAGGUGGAGCUGAAUCAGAUUUGGCGAUUGAACGAGCUCCCGCCUUUGUCUCUAGAUGAAGUAUCCGGAAAGCUUCGUGCUAACGCGACCACCAAGCAGGGUUCAAUAUAUCCUAAGGCAAUGGUGCCUUGGGUGUGUGAUCCACGGAAUCCCGGAUUGCUGUUACCCAUCGGUUGUGCCGGUGAGCUUUGGCUUGAAAGUGCUCAAAGGCAUUUGGGUGAGACUAUUGAGUCUCCCAUUUGGCUUGCAUCCGGAAGCUCCGAAGUUGCUGGCCGCUUUGGAAAAGUCCAAUCGACAGGCGAUAUUGUUCAGUUGCAAGAAGACGGCAGUCUGAUAUUCCUCGGCCGUAAGGAGAACAUUGUCCCCGUUCAAGGACAUGCAGUGGAUAUGACAGAAUUUGAAAAACAGUUUGCACGACACCUCCCGGCAUCUACUCGUGCUGCUGCUACCAUUUCCAAGUUCUCGUCCGACCCAGAACUGAUUAUCUUCAUUGAGAAACAAUAUUCCAAGGAAGAGAGUGUUCAUGUCAUGUCGGCCGAUCAAGAUAUUUCUGACGAGUCAGACUCCCACCAAAGCUUCGAAGCAACUAUCUGCUCAGCCAUUCCUAUUAGUCUUGCAACGGCUAUCAAGAAGCUCGACAAGUUUAUUCACGACGAUCUUCCUUCUCACAUGGUCCCUUCUGCAUACGUUGUGGUUGCGGAGAUGCCAACUUCAAAGGGACAGAUUGACCACAACCAGUUGAGUCAGAUUGCCUCCAAAGUUCCCCAGAGGCUUCUCGGGGAGCUUAGGGAGGGCUUCAAAGAUGCAUGGAAGAAGAUCUCUACACAGGCUAGCUUAUCUGCUUCGGAAAGCAUUCUCCAAGCUGCUUGGGCCAAGAUCCUUGGACUCGGCCUUGAUCAAAUUGAUGUCGAUGACAACUUUUUCCGACUGGGUGGUGACUCUGUUCUCGCAAUGAAGCUCGCCUCCACUCUCCGAUCACAGGGACACACCUUGUCAGUCGCCGAUAUUUUCCAGCACAUGCGCCUGGGUGAUGCAGCACGGGUUUUGAAGGUCGGUCAAACGGCUGCGGCAAAGACCGAAACUUACAAGCCAUUAUCCACUCUGGGCUCACUCAACAAAGAGCAAUUUUUGUCCGAGAUUGUUGUGCCAAAGCUUGGAAAUCCGUCCUGGUCUAUUCAAGAUGUGUGUCUGGCGACAGAUUCUCAGGCCGUCGAUGUCAAAGGAACCAUCCAGGCACCCCGUUCGGCCGUGCAAUACACGAUAUUGUACUUCAACAAGGGCAUCUAUCGCAAGCAGCUGCUCCGUGCAUGUAGCGAUCUCGUCAAAACUCACGAUAUUCUGCGCACCGUAUUUAUCGAGGACGACUCGACCUUCUUUCAAGUUGUCUUGAGUGAUUUAGAUGUUCCCGUGGCCAUGCAUACCGCGGACAAGGAUCUCGAACAGUUCGUCACCGAGCUCUGCGCAAAGGAGACAGAAUCAGACUUCCGUCUCGGAUCACCUUUCCUCAAAAUGCACCAUAUCGAGGACGAGAAUGACCGGGAAUGUCUUGUUUUGGGUCUAUCUCACGCUCAGUACGACGGAAUGUCUCUUCCCAGGUUGUUGCAGGACCUAGAGACCCUGUACACUGGAGGAAAGGUUGCCGACUUCGAACCUUUCUCCUCAUACGUGGCUUGGGCUGCCGACGAAAGCGUCCAGACCAAAGCAGUCACUUACUGGCGCAAUCUCCUGGAUGGCUCAUCUCUGUCAGUUCUCCCGGGAACAACAACUCAACCUGGGGACAAGGGAACAUUCCAGACAAAGGUUGUCGACAACUUCCGGCCCCUGGAAGAAAUCACCAUCGCAAAUAUUCUCUCCGCGGCAUGGGCACUCCUCCUGGCUCGCCGUCUCCAGAAGCCGGAUGUGACAUUCGGCAGCGUCACUUCAGGCCGCAUGUCCAAUCUUCCAAAUGCGGAGAAUAUCAUGGGUCCAUGCUACCAGCUGACUCCGAUCCGAGUUCCCUUCCAGAGCCAGUGGAGAGGCAUUGAUCUCUUGAAAUUUGUCCAGAAACAGAGCGCCCAAUCUGCUUCUUAUGACUUCCUCGGUUUCAAGAAGAUUUCCAGCCAGUGCACACAGUGGCCGUCAGAGGCGGCCUACUUCGACUCUCUUGUUCACCACCAGGACUGGGAUGAUUUCGAUACCAUGUGUUUUGCUGGUGGAUCCUGCAAGGUGGAUAUUUCGAGCCCGCAUGGUGACUCUCCGUAUCCCUUCAAGGUUGUUUCUUUCGUCAAGGAUGAGAAGAUGCAUGUUGGUGUUGUUGGAAGUGAAAGAGACUCGGCUUUCGCGGGCUCCGUUCUUGAUGAGCUAGCUGCCAUUGUUGAGGAGCUUUCGACGUACCAUGGAGGUACUUUGUUGAGCGGCCAGUUCUUUUAA